UCCAGUUUGUCAGUGACGGACGUGCCCGAUACACGAACUAUAGAAUACAAAAUGACAGCAAACGGGAAGAUAGAGAAAGAGGGAGAUAAGGAGAAGACUCGCAUAGCGACGUUAGAUGAGGCUAUGAUGGAAGCCGGGUUUGGUGUUUACAACAUUCUGCAUAUGCUGAUGAGUGGUGUCAUUCUGAUGGGCAUGAUCAUGCAGAGUUUGGCCCUCGGGUACAUCCUGCCGGUGGCCCAAUGCGACCUCAAACUUACCUUACAACAGCGAGGAUGGCUAUCAGCUAUUCCGUUCUUAGCAAUAAUAUUAACAUCGUACUUCUGGGGCUGGCUGGCAGACACCCAGGGUCGGAGACCUGUGAUGCUGUUCUCCAUGAUCAUAUCCGCGGUAUUCUCGGUCUUUGCCAGCUUCUCACCUGAGAUCAUCUCAUUUGCGAUCUUGCAAUUCCUAUCUGCUGUGUUCAUGUCCGGAUCAUCAGCAGUGGUUUACACGUAUCUCGGCGAAUUCAACAACCUGAGGCACAGGGACAAGAUGGUCGCCUUCGGGUCUUCGUUCGUCGGUAUCGGAACGGUUAUAUUACCAUGUAUAUCAUGGCUCAUUCUACCUCUAGACUUCGCGUUUCCUAUAGUCUACCUUGACAUUCUUUAUCGUCCAUGGCGUCUACUGGUCGUAGCCUGCGCAGUGCCUUUCGUUAUUGCAUCAGUGCUAUUGCUUUUCGCUCCGGAGAGUCCGAAGUUCUUGAACGCCAAUGACCGGUACAGCGAUGCUCUGGAUGUGGUGAAGACGAUCUAUUCGGGAAACCGAAAGAUGUCUAAAGACGAUUUUCCUAUAAAAUCCCUAGUAAUGGACAGUCAGCUUUCGAAAGCUUCUAAUAGUAAAGGAGCCGCUGCCGUCUGGUCUUCGAUGAAGGAUCAGACAGUACCUUUGUUCAAACGUCCCCUUCUGCCAUGGACCCUGCUGACUUGCUUUGUGCAAUUCGGAAUUUUCGCCACUACCAACGGUUUUUACGUGUGGUUUCCCACGAUACUAAACUCUCUCGCCAAUCACGAAGGAGGUGAGACUGGGAUCUGUGAUGUCUUGGACGCAAGCAGGGAAACUGCAGCCAACGGAACUGAUAUAGCGUGCGACGACACAAUGAACACUACGACUUUCGAGCUCUCGAUCUACAUAGGGCUCGUGUUCUGCUCCAUGUACAUCGUCGUAGGCUUCCUGGUGGACUUCAUCGGGAAGAAGCCGAUCCUCAUCGCGCUUCUGAGCGCCACCGGACUUUGCGGGAUCGGCGCCCACCUGGCCUCCAGCCAACAUCUCGCGGUAGUUCUGUUCGCCAUCUUUCAAAUGUGCGGCGCUUGCAUCGGCCUCAUGAAUGCGGUUGCCGUUGAAUUGUUCCCCACGAAAUUUAGAGCCAUGGCGAUUUGUCUUUCAAUGAUGAUGGGAAGGGUCGGGUCGAUGAUUGGUUCCAACUUAAUAGGGGUUUUCCUGGAGACGAAUUGCGGAGCUGGCUUCUAUCUUUUCGGGGGAAUCCUUAUCGUAAACGCCAUAUUCUGUUUCACACUACCCGGCAAAAAGACUUUGAAGAGGAAACAGACGGUUGAGCCGACACACAAUGAAACCCACGAACCAGUAUGA